AUAUGAAAGUUUUAUCAACCAUAAUAAACCUUUGGAGACGAGGUUAAGGUUACCCUUUAAAAAAAUUAUAAAUAUAACUUUUCGAUGGUAUUUGAUGUCCAAACUCCCUUCAUUUACAAUCAUCACCACGGUUGGCGCAGUCUGUGGCGGUAUUCUUAUAUUCAAAUAUAUUUAUAUUUAUCCUUAUGUAAGAGAUUACAUAAAUGGGCCAGUGUACAAAUGUAAAGACAAUUUGAAAGAUCAAACAGUUAUCAUCACAGGUUCAAAUAAGGGAAUAGGGAAAGAAAUUGCCAGAACAUUGGCCUCCAAAAAUGCCAGAAUAAUAAUGGCAUGUAGGGACAUGAGUAAAUGUGAAGAAAGUCGUAAAGAAAUUGUCUUAGAAACAAAAAAUCCAAAUGUUAUUUGUAAAUAUCUAAAUUUAGCCUCAUUUAAAUCUAUAAACACCUUUGCGCAAAAUAUAACAAAAAGUGAAACAAACAUUAACAUACUCAUAAAUAAUGCUGGAAUAAUGAAUUGUCCCAAAUCUUUUACACAAAAUGGAUUUGAAGCUCAUUUUGGGGUAAAUUAUUUAGGCCAUUUUCUACUCACAUAUUUAUUGUUACCUAAAUUGUUAUCACAAGAUAACAAUGAUAAUAGACCUUCCAAAAUCAUAAAUGUGAUUGAUAAAAGUUUUAUAGGUGGAAUUUUAGAUUUAGAAAUGAUCAAGGAAGAAAGAAAUAGAAAUUUGCAAGUCAUUAAUAAAACAAACAAAAAUAAUAGAGAUAAUAUAGAUCAGCCUCUGCUAGAAUAUGCAGAUACCAAAUACGAAGCUAUGCAAGCUUACAUGGAUAGCAAAUUAGCCUUAGUUUUGAUGAGUGAUUCUCUAGCCCAUAAUUAUAAAUCUAAACUGAAAGUGUAUUGCGUUGAUCCGGGAUUGGUUAACACAGAAUUAAGGCGAUAUUUGCCUUACAAAAAAUCUCAGCUAGCCAGAUACACAUGGCGAUCAAUUUUCGAAUAUAUGUUCAUGAAAGACGCUCGUCACGCCGCUCAAACUGCCAUUUAUGCCUCGUUACAUGAGAUUGGUGAUAGCGCUAAAAAAGAAGACGACGUCAUCUAUGUCACUAGUAAAAAUGGCAGAUUUAUUGAAACUCCGCUAGCAAAAAUAGUUGAUCCUGAUGAUAGAAAAGAAAAAUUGUCCCGAGAAUUAUGGGAGUUAAGUAUCAACUGGGCCCAAUAUGCUAAUCAAUCAUGAUUCCUAAUUUAUUUAUAUAAAUAUUUUUAGUUUUUAUAUUACUCAUAAUUAUUUAAUUGUGCAAUCAAAUUUGAUGAAUAGAACUAGUUUAGAAACAUAUUAGACCUAUUGCCUUGAUUUACAGUUGUGUGUGAGCACGUUUAAGCUUUCAUAAAUAAAAUUUUUAAUAAUG